AGGCCAGCUACCGUGCAGGCGAAGGACCCCACAGCGCCAAGAUGGCGGCGCCCUUGCCAGACGCCGGGGAGUUUGAAACCUGGUUAAAUGAGCGAUUAGAUAGUCUGGAAGUGGAUCGGGAGGUGUACGGGGCUUACAUUCUGGGGAUCCUACAAGAAGAAGAGAGCGACGAGGAGAAAGAAGACGCUCUUCGCGGGAUUUUAUCGGCGUUUCUGGAAGAGGAUGCCAUGGAAGAUGUCUGCAAACAGAUCAUCCAGCAGUGGGCAGACUAUUCAAGCCGAUCAGCAGCCAUGAAAAAUGCAGAUGCUGAGGUCCAGGCCAUCGCCAGCUUGAUAGAAAAGCAAGCGCAGAUAGUGGUGAAACAGAAGGAAGUCUCUGAGGAGUCAAAGAAGAGGAAAGAGGCUCUACUGGCUCAAUAUGCCAACAUAACAGACGAGGAGGAUGAAGCUGAAGAAGAGGAGCCUGCAGGCGGAAUUGACAUCACUGCAAAUGAAAGAUCCCUGUUUAAGAACACCAACGUGGAGGAGGUGCUCCACCGACAGAAGCAAAAGCGGGAUCAGGCUCGGGAAGACGCUCAGAAGAAGAAAGAAAUGGACAAGAUGCAGCGGGAGAAGGACAAGCUGGCCAAGCAGGACCGGAAGGAGAAGGAGAAGAAGCGCACACAGAAAAAUGAGCGGCGAAGAUAAAAUUAAAAGAAUGGACAGUUUAUUUUGCAAAAAAAAAAAAUAGUUAUGAAAGAAACUUCUUUCAAUCAGCCCUUUAAAGCUAAACAUCUGUCAUAACAAAUAUCCGUCAGCCAUUUUUAUAUAUUUUCUGUCAAAAACAUGGAAAUCAAAGUUUAACAGAGCUAAAAAGUCUUUUAAUUUGAAAAUAUUUGGAAUACGACCUCAUCCUCUAUAGUUUUCACUAUUAUUCUUGCCUAAAACAAUGCAGGACAAAUAACAACAAACUGAAAAGCAGCUUCUGUUGUUUUAUUCCAACAGCUGAUAAAUCUGUUUACCAUAAACGCUGCUAUGAGACGCUC